AUGUUUGGUAAAGUGAUUGUCUUAAUCAUUUCAAUAUUAAGUCAUCUUCUUAUUUACAAUUUUAUAAGGAUUUCGCUUGUGUAUAAAAAUAAAUAAGAAGUCGACCAAAUAUUAACAUACCUUAACAAAUACUUAACAACAACUUAUUAUGCUCCUCCAGCCAAUCAUUCUGCAGUAUCAAUUUUAUUAUAAAUUCUUAGUAUAAUUCAAUUUUAGUGAAACCAGAAUUCGAUUAUUGUAAAAGAUCGGACUUAUACAAAUUUUACCACCCUGAUGUAAUUAUGACAGACACAUAUACUUUUCGUGAAGCAAAAGGAGUUAUUAAAGAAGCAUUGAGAUCAUCUUAUUAUGAUUGUAUUCCAAAAAUGUACCAUAAAUUACAAAAUACUCAAUGUAAUCAUAUAUACUAAAAUAUGGUUAGCUUUCUCAAAAUAUGUAUUGCCAGAACAAUUAACUUUACCAUUCACUUACUAUGAUUAAUUGAUACAUAAAUUUAAAGUUGGAUAAGGUAUAAAUAAUAUAAUAAAUUAUUAGCUUCUCUUUGCUUGUUCUAAAAAUAUAACCAUUUACCAUCAAGACACGUUCUUUCUCAUAAAGACAACCUUAUGAAUAAUUAAUAUAAAUACAUAGAUUCUUUAAGAGAGAAAGGUGUUGAUUAAGAGUGUAUAAAUAAUGCAACCUUCAUCCCAAAAACCUAUCGUUUAUUUUAGAAAUAAGAUUGCAAGGAAUUUUUCGAUUAUUUGAAUUCUAAUGAAUAUUAAGAUAAAAUAGCCGAAGAGGGACCCUAAUUUAUAACAAAAGUAGGUUUAGAAGUUCAUAGAGGCAGAGGAAUCAAAGUUUUAUUUCCAGAAGAAACUAAAAAAUUGUAGGAAACUUAUAGAAAUGGUAAGAGAUGUGGAGUAGAUCACUCUCUAUUAGUAGCACAAUAAUAUAUUGGAAAUCCAAUGCUUUAUAAUAAUCAUAAAAUUGAAUUUAGAAUAUAUUGGGUUUUGGCUUCUACUUAUCCAAUAAUAGCCUAUGCAUAUGAUAAAACUUUAAUAAGAAGAUGUAUAGCUCCUUUUGAUAAAUUCUCUUUGAAUAAGGAGGCUCAUGUUUGUAAUACAGCAAUUGUUAAGAGUACUCUUAAAUAGAGAGGAUCAGAUUUGGAUAUGGAUGAUGAAAAUGCUGAUGAAUCUGAAUUAUUUAUAGAUUGGAAAUUAGAUUAUUUACAAAAUUUGUUGUUAAAAUAAGGAAAAAUAAAAGAUAAGAAUUGGCUACAAAAUUAUCUUUAUCCUACAGUUGAUAGAAUGAUAAUACAUGCUAUUAAAUCAGUGGAAGGAUAAAUAAUAAGAGACAGUAGAUUAGCAGAGUUCUUUGCUGCUGAUUUUAUUAUGACAGAUGAUCUGAAAAUUCAUAUUAUGGAAAUUAAUUAUAACCCUUAAACAUUAAAGACUACAUUGGCAAGAGAAAAAUAACAUAUUAAAAUGACAUAGGAUAUGAUUGAUAUUUAAAAUGCAUAUCUUAGGAGCAAGUAUUUGAGAUUUAAGAAGAUUAUUAUUAAAAUAUUAGCUAAAAUGAAAAAAGACAGAAGAUCUCUCGAUUAAGUUAUUACACCUAAAAUAAUAGAGGAAAUAAAUGAAGCAUAUAAGGAUAAACUCGAUUAAGGAAUAAAAUUAAAAGAUGAUAAUCUUUUUAGAUUAAUAAUGGAUGAAAAUUUACCUGGAACAAAACAAUAUAAGGAUUUAAUCUAGUAAAAAUGCCUAUGA